GACUUGGGCGCUUAUACAGUUAUUGCCGUUAGCCGUGAACGCCAUCUUGGAUCUAGAAGGUUUCUAAACGGGGAAAACAGGAAAAGGGACAGGAAAAUAGAUACUUUCGUUCUUAUUUUGUCAUUUCCCCCACUGGCUAAUGAAGAAACACGAGUCAUGACGUCGCCUCUUUAUUUGCUGAUAUAGUUCAAAUCGGUAAAUCUGAGUGGAUUGUGGACUGAGGAAAUUUCCGCAGUUUACUGUAACUUGGUUUGUUUAUGUUAUUCAACCCGGACAUGGACUCUGCUAACCCAGACAUACCAGAUGACUCUCUGGGUUUGGGAGCUGGUGGGGCUCAGGCAAGCAGCAGUGCUGUUGUGCCAAAAGGGUCCAAUAAGAGACGAGCUGCGCCAGACUUCGAUGAUGAUGAUGAUGGAAGCAAGCUCUUCAGGUGUGAUGACGAUGGAGGAGGAGGAGACAAAGAGCGAUUUGCCAGGGAGAACCACAGUGAGAUUGAGCGGCGGCGGAGGAACAAGAUGACUGCUUACAUCACAGAGCUGUCGGACAUGGUUCCCACCUGCAGCGCGUUGGCACGGAAACCAGAUAAGCUGACCAUCCUGCGCAUGGCCGUGUCCCACAUGAAGUCUCUGAGAGGGAGCGGCAACACUGCAGCAGACGGGACAUACAAACCAUCCUUCCUCACCGACCAGGAGCUGAAGCACCUGAUCCUGGAAGCUGCUGAUGGCUUCCUGUUUGUGGUGUCGUGUGAGAGUGGACGGGUCGUCUACGUGUCAGACUCCCUGACCCCUGUUCUUAACCAAUCACAGUCCGACUGGCUAGGCUCCUCACUCUACGACCAGCUCCACCCGGACGACGGAGACAAACUACGAGAGCAGCUCUCUACUGCAGAGAGUAACAAUACAGGGAGGAUGUUAGACCUGAAGACAGGAACAGUUAAGAAGGAGGGACAGCAGUCCUCCGUCAGGAUGUGUAUGGGAGCCAGACGAUCCUUCAUAUGUAGGAUGAGAUGUGGUUCGUGUCCAGUGGAGCCCAUGUCUAUGAACAGAUUGAAUUUCCUGCGGAGCAGGAACAGGAAUGGUCUGGGCCCACCCAAGGAUGGAGAGCCUCAGUAUGUGGUGGUCCACUGCACUGGAUACAUCAAGUCCUGGCCCCCCACAGGGGUGAAUCUAACAGAUGAGGAAGCAGACAAUAUUCAGGGGAGUCGCUACUGUCUAGUCGCCAUCGGUAGACUUCAGGUGACCUCUUGCCCGAGCGACACAGACAUGAACAGCAUCAGCGUUCCGGUGGAGUUCAUCUCUCGUCACAACUGCCAGGGCCUCUUUACCUUCGUAGACCACCGCAGCAUGGCCACAGUGGGCUACCAGCCUCAGGAACUGUUGGGUAAGAACAUCUUGGAGCUGGCCCACCCUGAGGACCAGGAGCUGCUGGGAGACAGCUUCCAGCAGGUGGUCAAGCUGAAGGGUCAGGUGCUGUCCGUCAUGUUCCGCUUCCUGUCCAAGACCAGAGACUGGCUCUGGAUCAGGACCAGCUCCUUCACCUUCCAGAACCCCUUCUCUGAGGAGAUAGAGUACAUCAUCUGUACCAACGCCAACGUCAAAACCUCGACUCAGGACACCCUCACCCCCCUCUCGUCCUCAGGGGUGUCUUUGCCCCCCUCGCUGGGGGAGAGCAGUCCUAACUUCCCCCCUGUAUCCCACAGCCCAGGGCAGGUGGCUGCCAGACAGUUGCAGCAGCAGCAAGCAGAGUUGGGGGGAGGAGGGAGAGAUGGUCUGUACGAGGCAGGACAGGUUACACUUCCACAGAUGCCUGUCCAGGCCGUGACCGCAGCUGGAACUGACCACAGUAAGACCAUGGACAAGGCAGAGAUGCACCCCUCCAUGUACCCCAACACAGACCAGGCCAAGUUCCUGCCCUCCACCUCUGCCCCUGGAGUACCCAUCUACCCUCAGGACAACAACAACUACACCACUGCCAACCGCUCCAACGACACAUACAGCAGGUCAGUAGGGAUGGCCCCUCAGAUAGGGCAGCCAUCCCACUCCGCAGGCCAGGUGCUGGCUCAGAUAGGGCAGCCAUCCCACUCCGCAGGCCAGGUGCUGGCUCAGAUAGGGCAGCCAUCCCACUCCGCAGGCCAGGUGCUGGCUCAGAUAGGGCAGCCAUCCCACUCCGCAGGCCAGGUGCUGGCUCAGAUAGGGCAGCCAUCCCACUCCGCAGGCCAGGUGCUGGCUCAGAUAGGGCAGCCAUCCCACUCCGCAGGCCAGGUGCUGGCUCAGAUAGGGCAGCCAUCCCACUCCGCAGGCCAGGUGCUGGCUCAGAUAGGGCAGCCAUCCCACUCCGCAGGCCAGGUGCUGGCUCAGAUAGGGCAGCCAUCCCACUCCGCAGGCCAGGUGCUGGCUCAGAUAGGGCAGCCAUCCCACUCCGCAGGCCAGGUGCUGGCUCAGAUAGGGCAGCCAUCCCACUCCGCAGGCCAGGUGCUGGCUCAGAUAGGGCAGCCAUCCCACUCCGCAGGCCAGGUGCUGGCUCAGAUAGGGCAGCCAUCCCACUCCGCAGGCCAGGUGCUGGCUCAGAUAGGGCAGCCAUCCCACUCCGCAGGCCAGGUGCUGGCUCAGAUAGGGCAGCCAUCCCACUCCGCAGGCCAGGUGCUGGCUCAGAUAGGGCAGCCAUCCCACUCCGCAGGCCAGGUGCUGGCUCAGAUAGGGCAGCCAUCCCACUCCGCAGGCCAGGUGCUGGCUCAGAUAGGGCAGCCAUCCCACUCUGCAGGCCAGGUGCUGGCUCAGAUAGGGCAGCCAUCCCACUCCGCAGGCCAGGUGCUGGCUCAGAUGUCCCGUCAGAACGGGGCACCCCCCUCCAACAGCAGCCCCCUACAGGGAGGGGCAGCGGUGAGCUGGCCGGGGUCAGCAGCAGGGGCUCGACCCCACUUCAACAACCAGCAGGUGGUGCCCCAGGCAGGGAAGGCCCUGUCUCCCCAGUUUGCCAUGGGGAGUUUUGUUGGGGGCUCUUCCUCCUCAUUUGGGGCGAUGCCCACCACUGCCGCUCCGACCCCCACCAUGGGGGCUAACUACCCAAAUAUCAACCCCCGCGCCAGCCUCAAUACCAACGGAUAUGAUGGCUUGGGGUCGGGGCAGCAGUUCCCCUCCAGGGCAGCGGAGGCAGUGUGGCCCCAGUGGCAGGGCCAGCAGCAAGCUCAGAACAGGGCAGAGCAGCACCCCCACACACAGAACAACCAGCCUGACAUCUUCCCUGAUGUUCUCGCCAUGCUGGACCAGCCGGCCAACUUCAACAACGAUGACUUUGAGAUUCCCAUCUACCCCUCUUUCAACGAGUGACCCCACAUACACUCUUCCAAUUACCUCCUCUGUCUCUCAAAUGGCUCCUCUCUCAUUUGGUGCACUUUUGCUCUCUUUCUUCGCCUUUCAUGAUCCAAAGAGAGCAUGUCUGAUUAUCGGUCAGAUGAUUGCACUGCCAGGGUGGAGAAAGUGAGUUAAUCAGGGAAAAGAGAGAGUGAAAUCAAGUAUAGGUAUGCAAAUGCAGGUUCAAUAAACACGUGAAAGGGGGGGAGAGAGAGAGGAGAGAUUCAGGGUUCAGCGAUAGUUGGGCAAAUGUAAAAUGACAUCUGUAGCUAGCACUGCCCAGGCUCCACAGCCAAUGGAUUUGUUGUAGAGGCCCUGAGGCAGGCACUGCUUCACCAGUAACACACAAUCCCACCUGAGCAUGUACAAAGCCCUGAGGCAGGCACUGCUUCACCAGUAACACACAAACAUGGCCUUUCACUAACCGAGUCAGCUGUGUGUUUAGAUCUAUGCUGCUCCACUGGUCUGUACAUCAUAUGGAUAGAUCAGUCCAAUCAUUCACUUGAAGUCUCAGGCAAUCCAGGUGAUCUACAGCGUUGGGGGAAUAUGUGGGAAUAUAUAUAUGGGAAUAUUCUGAUCUGAAGCCUGUGAAUAUCCUCUAUCUGCUCCCCUCGCUGUUUUAGCUUAGCGACCCGUAGCAUGUUCAAAAGGACACUGUCCUCACGCAGGCAGAUUUAUACGAACACUGUACAAAAACGUUAUAUUUGUACACAGUGUACAUUGACAAUGUCACCUAUGAAUGUGGUUAUGGUGGUUUCAGGUGGAAAAGAAGGUGAUGUCUAUGACUAGUGAGGGAGAGAGAGAUGACUAGUGAGGGAGAGAGAGAUGUCUAUGACUAGUGAGGGAGAGAGAGAUGUCUAUGACUAGUGAGGGAGAGAGAGAUGACUAGUGAGGGAGAGAGAUGUCUAUAACUAGUGAGGGAGGGAGAUGUCUAUGACUAGUGAGGGGGAGAGAGAUGUCUAUGACUAGUGAGGGGGAGAGAGAUGUCUAUGACUAGUGAGGGGGAGAGAGAUGUCUAUGACUAGUGAGGGAGAGAGAUGUCUAUGACUAGUGAGGGAGAGAGAUGUCUAUGACUAGUGAGGGGGAGAGAGAUGUCUAUGACUAGUGAGGGGGAGAGAGAUGUCUAUGACUAGUGAGGGGGAGAGAGAUGUCUAUGACUAGUGAGGGGGAGAGAGAUGUCUAUGACUAGUGAGGGAGAGAGAUGUCUAUGACUAGUGAGGGAGAGAGAUGUCUAUGACUAGUGAGGGAGAGGGAUGUCUAUGACUAGUGAGGGAGAGAGAUGUCUAUGACUAGUAAAGGGAAGAGAGAUGUCUAUGACUAGUGAGGGAGAUGUCUAUGACUAGUGAGGGAGGGAGAGAGAUGUCUAUGACUAGUGAGGGAGAGAGAUGUCUAUGACUAGUAAAGGGAAGAGAGAUGUCUAUGACUAGUGAGGGAGGGAGAUGUCUAUGACUAGUGAGGGAGAGAGAUGUCUAUGACUAGUGAGGGAGAGAGAUGUCUAUGACUAGUGAGGGAGGGAGAGAGAUGUCUAUGACUAGUGAGGGAGAGAGAUGUCUAUGACUAGUGAGGGAGGGAGAGAGAUGUCUAUGACUAGUGAGGGAGAGAGAUGUCUAUGACUAGUAAAGGGAAGAGAGAUGUCUAUGACUAGUGAGGGAGGGAGAUGUCUAUGACUAGUGAGGGAGAGAGAUGUCUAUGACUAGUGAGGGAGAGAGAUGUCUAUGACUAGUGAGGGAGAGAGAUGUCUAUGACUAGUGAGGGAGAGAGAUGUCUAUGACUAGUGAGGGAGAGAGAUGUCUAUGACUAGUGAGGGAGAGAGAUGUCUGACUAGUGAGGGAGAGAGAGAUGUCUAUGACUAGUGAGGGAGAGAGAUGUCUAUGACUAGUGAGGGAGAGAGAUGUCUGACUAGUGAGGGAGAGAGAGAUGUCUAUGACUAGUGAGGGAGAUGUCUAUGACUAGUGAGGGAGAGAGAUGUCUGACUAGUGAGGGAGAUGUCUAUGACUAGUGAGGGAGAGAGAGAUGUCUAUGACUAGUGAGGGAGAUGUCUAUGACUAGUGAGGGAGAGAGAUGUCUGACUAGUGAGGGAGAUGUCUAUGACUAGUGAGGGAGGGAGAGAGAUGUCUAUGACUAGUGAGGGAGAGAGAUGUCUAUGACUAGUAAAGGGAAGAGAGAUGUCUAUGACUAGUGAGGGAGGGAGAUGUCUAUGACUAGUGAGGGAGAGAGAUGUCUAUGACUAGUGAGGGAGAGAGAUGUCUAUGACUAGUGAGGGAGAGAGAUGUCUAUGACUAGUGAGGGAGAGAGAUGUCUAUGACUAGUGAGGGAGAGAGAUGUCUAUGACUAGUGAGGGAGAGAGAUGUCUGACUAGUGAGGGAGAGAGAGAUGUCUAUGACUAGUGAGGGAGAGAGAUGUCUAUGACUAGUGAGGGAGAGAGAUGUCUGACUAGUGAGGGAGAGAGAGAUGUCUAUGACUAGUGAGGGAGAUGUCUAUGACUAGUGAGGGAGAGAGAUGUCUGACUAGUGAGGGAGAUGUCUAUGACUAGUGAGGGAGAGAGAGAUGUCUAUGACUAGUGAGGGAGAUGUCUAUGACUAGUGAGGGAGAGAGAUGUCUGACUAGUGAGGGAGAUGUCUAUGACUAGUGAGGGAGGGAGAGAGAUGUCUAUGACUAGUGAGGGAGGGAGAGAGAUGUCUAUGACUAGUAAAGGGAAGAGGGGGAUAUGAAACUACAACCUGAUGUAUUCCUACAUAUACCCAGUAUAUAAGUCAAAUGUUUAUAUACGGUUAUAUGUCUACUGGAGGUGUUUGUAUAACUUUAUUGAUCUCAACCUGAAUGCACAGCAAUCCCAGGGUCCCUUUCUCACUCGUUUGUAUUCCUUCCUCUGUUGCCCAGGGUUUCCCAGCACACUCUUCCUCCUCUCACGCUCUUCCUCAAUCACCCUCCCAAGUGUGUUUUUUUUCUCUUCUACUUACACUAGGAAAAGGAAAAUGAAAACAAGACAUUGGAAAGCAAUAAUUUAUGAGCAGGAAUUGUUAUUUUUUAAAGCCAUUAUUUUUUGUUGUCCUAUAUGUUUUUAUCUUGAUUAUUGUUCUUGAAUAUGGAAAUACACAGGAAAUGGUAAGAUUUUGAUUGAUUGAAAUUUUCCCCAACUGAUGUUUUUAUUUUCUGACCUUUUGAUUGGCUCUUCCUGUUUUGUAACCAUCUCCAUUGCUACUUCGUGAUAGGUUGUUUUUGAUGUACAUUGAUCAGGGCAUCUUGUUCAGGACAGAAAGGUCUUGUUUAGAACUGACAAGAUUCCUCAUUCAACAUGACACAGAAUCAUGCCAUGAUGUUUGGCCUGAAAUUCAAGUCAUCCUAAUCAUGUUCCAAACACAUGAGUUUGGCAAUUAAUACACUUUUUUUUUUGCAGUAGAUUCAUCAAAGUUCAUCCUUAUCAAGAUAGUUUGACAUUCAUAAAUAUGAUCUAAAUCAAACAUUUGUUUUCUGAAAUCGAUUGUGAUGUUUAGUAAGUCACUAUAACACUCUUAUACAGGGAAUUAAGAAAUCUGAUUGGGCAACAGAGGGCUGUGAAUUUUAAGGUUCUGAAAUACAAAAAUUGUUAUUGUGUAGGCCUUUCAUUUUAAGUCUGAUAAUGUAUACGUCUGUGAGCGUAAUUCACAGACAUGCCGAAACAUGUGAAUUGUGUGUAAACCCAUCAUGUGUCAAUAGUCACACGAUGAAAAUGGCAGUUUGACUGUGUUGUCUUGUUAUUGUGUUAAACCACUUUGGUUGUUCCCUGUCCAGGUUUUUACAAUGAUGUGAGCUGCAGUUUAUAUAGCGCACACAGAUACACAAAUAUAGGAAUGUAUAUGAAAUGUAAAUGUUAAACAAGAGAAAGUGAAAUGUUUGGUUUUUCUAUUAAAUUGUUAUAUUGUCAAGAA